CCGGGCCGGACAGAGCCGCGUGCACACUACCACUGCUCGUCGGGGCGGCGCCCGUUGUAUAAAACGUCGCGACACCGCGACGACUACUUCACUCGUCCUGUCGGUACUCCUGCUAACGGUGCACACCAUCAGCGGCGCAAGGUGGCGAGGUUCGAAUCGCGCGUUAAUCCCACCGACAUACCUAUGGCGACCAUCAGCAACGGCAAUGGCUCAACGAUACACAUCAACACUCGGCCCGACGACAUCCGCAAGCGGAUCAUAGGAUCGGACGACAGCGCGGGGAGCGAUUCGACGACAUGCGGCAACAUCCUGGUCGUACUGUCGUGGAUCAUAGUGAUCGUCACGAUGCCGUUCUCCCUGUUCGUCUGUUUCAAGGUCGUGCAGGAAUAUGAGAGGGCUGUCAUUUUUCGGCUGGGUCGUCUUCUGUCCGGCGGCGCCAAGGGUCCCGGUAUCUUCUUCAUCCUGCCGUGUAUCGACAAUUACGCGCGCGUCGACCUGCGAACGCGAACUUACGACGUGCCGCCGCAGGAGGUUCUGACAAAAGACAGCGUCACCGUGUCGGUCGACGCGGUGGUUUAUUACCGCGUGAACAACGCGACCAUCUCGAUCGCGAAUGUGGAGAACGCGCAUCACAGCACGAGACUCCUGGCCCAGACCACCCUGAGGAACACCAUGGGAACGCGACCGCUUCAUGAGAUAUUGAGCGAGCGCGAAACGAUCUCGGGAAACAUGCAGGUCGCCUUGGACGAAGCCACCGAUACUUGGGGAAUCAAGGUAGAGCGGGUCGAGAUCAAGGACGUGCGGUUGCCCGUUCAACUGCAAAGAGCCAUGGCAGCGGAGGCCGAGGCAGCGCGUGAAGCGCGCGCUAAAGUAAUCGCCGCGGAAGGUGAACAGAAGGCCAGCAGGGCUCUGAGGGAGGCGUCGGAGGUGAUUGGCGACUCGCCGGCUGCCUUGCAACUUCGUUACUUGCAGACACUGAACACGAUAUCGGCGGAGAAGAAUUCCACCAUCGUAUUCCCGCUGCCGAUCGACAUGCUGACUUACUUCAUGAAAGCUUUACCAAAAGAAUAAUCGCGCAUUGGGGGAUCGUCGCGGGACUAGAGACGGAACGAUCGUUCCCCCGGGAUCCUGUUUGCGGGGUCGUGGAUAAGGAGUUUCCUUUCGGCAAAUUAUAUCCAUAUAUCUGACACGCUUGUGUAUACAUCUCAACAACAAAGAAAGAAAGAGAAAGAGAGAGAAAGAGUUGCCAAUAUUCGACCAAUCUCAACGAUUUUCCACUCGACAGGCUGUAUACGUGUAUAUUAUAAUCGCGAAGAUAAGAAAUUACGACGUACGUACGUUUUCACGAUUGACUCGGGCGCGGAGGGGAGGAGGGAGGCGCACAGCAUAGACUGAAACGUAUUUUUGGAAAAUCUUACAACGUUAUUUUACAUGCGUUUACAUGCUGUAAAGAGUAUAGCAUAUGUUUAUAUAUGCAUGUGUAGAAUGUGACGCGAACGGCUUUACGAUGAUGUUCGAGAAUGAAUUUGAAUCAUAGUUUCGCGCGUUUGCGAUGGGUGUCCUUCUCGUGAAACUGUCGCCGGCGCGCGGCGAUACUUUCACUCGCGUCGGGUAUACGAUGUAUAUUUGUAUACUUGAUUGAGCAAAGACAAAAGGAAAAAAAAAACGAGAGAGAAUCAAAUAGCGAAAUAAGGGGAACGUACGACGGAGUCGGUGAGGGAAGAUUGAAGAGUCGAUUACCAAGCCGCUUGCAUCAGACCUCGCACUGCCACUAACGCCAGUCUUAUACGGAGGGCGAUCGAUCUCGCGAUAAACUCGGUUUUUAAUGUAAUUUCCACGCGGAUAAUCGGUCACACGAUGAAGAGGAAAAAAGAAAGAAAGUCCGUUUCUUAGCACAGUCAUGGCAAUUUGAUUAACAAUUAAGGGAACAGUCCUUUCCACGGUGUCAAUUUCGGCGAUAUGCACGAUCAAAAGGAAACUGUUAUCGACCAAUAACGGCUUUAGAAAGAAAGAGAAGAAAAAAAGACGAAGAAGAAAUGAAUUUGCGACACUUCGCCUAUUCGCCACGGUACUAAAUUGCACUUUUACGUCGAGCAAAAUGGAAAGCAAUUCAGUCGUUCGUCAAUCCAGGGUAUUUUCCUCAAGCCUUAAGGAUAUUACCGUUAAUUUUAUACGUCACGCGCGCUACGCGUGAAAUGUUCAUACUUGAGCGGCCUGCGACGAUUGCUUGGUCCAACAUCGGCAACUCUUGCUAGCGAUAACUACGCAUCAACUGUUCACUCGAUCACCGGUACAUGCGCUUUAUGACGUCUCUACGACCUAUCUCGCAAAAAGGAAGAUCGUGUUAUAAGUGUAUAAAUGUGUUAUAAGUGUAUAAAUGUAUAGAGGGGAGGGGGGCGGGUGAUCUCUCGGAAAAUUCGCAGUAUUAUUUCCUUCGUAAAGUACGAGACGAUUGAAAGUGAACGAGCAACACCUCCUAUUUGCUAUAAUGAUAUAACCGUACAGGGUGUUGCAUCAACAUACGACUCAUUACGACGUGUUGCCUGCCCAAAAGUGGACGCGUUCAGAUGAUAACUUCGAAUUUGUCGAUAUAGUCACUCAGAUAUCUUUCUAACGAAAUUAUAGCGUUCCAAAUUAUCAUAAUUUCAACGGAUUCGCAUCACGGAUCGGUUAGGAACCCAACAUUGUAUGUAUAAAAUAUUUAAAAGUAUAAACAUGAAGAAGCAUGGGGUUAAACGGAAUAACUUAAAUUGAAAUUAUGAUAAUUUGGAACGCUAUAACUAUGUAACUAUAUAACUUUAUUGGAAAGGUAUUCGAGUGACCAUAUCGACAAAUCCGAAGUUAUCAUCUGGAAGCGCGCACCUUUGGGCAGGCAAGCCGUCUUAAUGAGUCGAAUGUUGAUGCAACACCUUUUACACGAUAACGUUGAAUCAUCGAAAGGUACGCGCGUGUGUGCCGCGUGUCUCGUCAGCGUGUUGAUACUUUCCACGCACGCAAGUUCAUUGUGUGCAUCGAGGGGGAACAAACGAGUUUUCAUAUUAUAUAUGUAUAUUAACGUUAGCUGUUUAAAAGGCAGAUUAUAUUGGAUUAUAUUGAAUGUGAGCGAUAAAAGAGUAUUAUACCAAGAUAUGUGCGCGCGAUCUCUUUGGAAGACUCAUAACGAAAAUUCACUGCAACUGUGAUGGAUCAGGCUUCGUAGAAUGAAACGCGGGCUCGCUUCUCGACAGCGAGAUAUGUUAUAUUCUGAUUCGUAUUUUCGAAUAGAGAACGUUUCGAUCGAUAUAAGAUAAUCACGAGAGAAACAGAGAGAGAGAGAAAGAGAGAGAGAGAGAGAGAGAGAGAGAGAAAGAAAGAGAGAGAAGAUCGUGAUAUAUCACGCGAUGAGAUGACACGGAGAUUAAGCUGUAAUCUGUGGUUUUAACGUUGUUUCCGUCUUCUGACGCGACUACGUGUAUACAUAAAGAGAAAAAAAGAAAACAGUAGCGUCGUUCUGCAUACUCUUACACACAUAGUAUAUAUACACAUGUAUGUAUAUUACCAUAUUACGACCGUUUCAAGUAUAUCACCGGAGUUUCGUCGUCUCCUGAGAACGAGAUGGAGAAAGCUACCUCUGCUUUUGUUAUAUGUAUAAAUGCAUAUGUACACAUUUGUCUAUAGCGUCAACUUGCAUAUGUACACAUUUGUCUAUAGCGUCAACUUAAGUUACGUUAGAUUAAUUUACCACUUUCACCGGAUCGGAAGAGUCCAUCGACUCGGCGCGGACGUUCGUGACACAAAAAGAAACCGAAAAAAAAAAUAAGCGCGAAUAUAAUUAUAUACGUGUGUUCUAAUCGUAAUAUAUAUAUAUAUAUAUUCUACCGCUAUAUAUAUUGUUAUUCUGUACAGUUAAUUGACUAAACGGUUACGGUAGCACGAUAAUAAUAAUAAUAAUAAUCUACGAUGUAAUUUUACCGUCCCUUUAUCGUUCUCGAUAUUUUAUUGACUGUUACACUUCUCGUGUGCAAUAUCGGUUUCGUCUGUAAUUACUAUACACGAUAUAUCUGUCAAAGGUCCGAAGAAGGAUGCGCGUCUCUCCCGGUCCAGCUCGAUUUUUUUUUUUCGUAGUAUCCUGCGACUAUGCGAUUGCUCUUUGAUCUACACGCGAGUGUGUAUGUGCGUAACGCGGUACAUCCGAUGAAACGGAUUCUCAAUCUCUCCUUUUUCGUCUCUAUUUUUUAAUUAUUAUUUUUUUUUCUAUCGGGAAAG